UUCCUCCACAUCUCCUCUCUCUCUCUCUCUCUCUCUCUCUCUGAGCUAGAAGCGAAAAUAAAAUAAAAUAAAAUAAAAAAAUGGCGAAGUACUUCACGCUAAACACCGGGGCGAAGAUCCCUUCCAUCGGCCUGGGCACCUACAGCGCCGCCCCCAACGUCGUCGGAGACGCCGUUAUCACCGCCGUUAAGGCUGGUUACCGACAUAUAGAUUGUGCCCGACUAUACAAGAAUGAGAAAGAGAUUGGCGACGCUCUAAAGAGCCUGUUUGAUGAUGGUGUAAUCAAGCGUGAAGAUCUGUUUAUCACCUCGAAACUUUGGUGCAGCGAUCUUGCCCCAGAAGAUGUACCGGAUGCAUUGGAUGCAACUUUAGCGGAUUUACAGCUCGACUAUAUAGAUCUUUAUCUUAUUCACUGGCCUUUUCGGAUGAAGAAGGGAACUAGUGAUUUUAUCCCCGAAAACUUUCUCGAGCUCGAUAUGCGCGCCACGUGGACGGCAAUGGAAGAACUAUACGAUUCCGGUAAAGCUCAUGCGAUCGGAGUGAGUAAUUUUUCUUCCAAGAAAUUGGGGGAUUUGCUUUCCACAGCACGCGUGCCUCCCGCCGUGAAUCAAGUGGAGUGCCACCCUUACUGGCAACAAGCUAAGCUCAGAUCAUUUUGCCAAUCGCAGGGUGUUCAUAUCUCUGCAUAUAGACCAUUAGGUCAACCAGGGUCGACGCAGAAAACCAAAAUCUUAACAAACCCCAUCCUACAAACAGCAGCAGAGAGUCUGGGCAAAACUCCCGCGCAAAUAGCUCUUCGCUGGGGCCUUCAGAUGGGUCAAAGUGUGCUUCCCAAGAGCACAAACGAGUCGAGGAUGAAGGAGAAUUUGGAUCUGUUUGAUUGGUCGAUUCCUGAAGACUUGCUUGCCGAGAUCAGUGAAAUCGAACAGGUUAAGCUAGUUCGGGGAGAUUGGUUUAUCCACCCUCAGAGCAUUUACAAAAGUGUCGAGGAGCUCUGGGAUGGCGAAAUCUAAGCACUUAGAUGAAUUGUUUUUAGUUAAAGUAAAAUAUUAAUGUGUGUUGCGUUUUUCAUAAAGGAGUACCACUUCUCCCUUUUCGGACGAUUGUUGUUUCUCACAGUUACCAUGUACACUUCCUUGUUGGUUUUAAUUGAAUUUAUAUGCAAUAUGUAUCAACUUUCUCAUAUAUUUCAUGUGUUUAAGUGAGUUGCAUGAUCCAGACACGUUUUUUAUGAUGA